AUGCAUCUGCUUUAUGCUUUCCUUGUUUUGCUCUCUCUUAGCCAUGGCUUCAGUCCUAACUGUGCUAGAAGAUGUAGCUGUGAUUCUGUUCAGUCUGUGCAAUGCUACAGACUAACAGAGGUGCCAUCAGGUAUUCCUUCCACCACCAAGAAACUCUACAUUAGCCACAGCAAAAUUCAGCACCUCCAGCUAUCUAACUUCACCAGACUGUUGGCGCUAGAAGAGUUUAUUCUGCUGGCCUGUGGAACGGAGUUUGUAGAAAAUGAUACCUUCAAAAUACUGAGUACCUUGAAGACCUUAGAACUCCUGAAAAAUAAGUUAAGACGAGUCCCCGGUGCUCUCCCAGCCAGUCUUGAAGUGUUAAAACUAAAUGAUAAUUCAAUAUAUGCCCUGCAGGGAUCAGAUUUUGAAGGAUUGAAGAAUUUAAAAGUCCUUGAACUUAAAAACAACCUGAUCUCUUCCCUGUCUCCCAGCAUGCUCUCUUCCCUGGUCAGUUUGCAAAAUUUGAUGGUGGAUGGUAACAAUAUAGAUUCUGUAGCUGGCCCCUUGAUCCUUCCCUAUCUGAAACACAUGAGCAUGGAGAAUAACAAACUACAUUUUAUACCAGGUAGCUUCUUUACUUCUCUACAGUCUUUGCAGUUCCUCAGUUUCAGUGAUAACUUUCUUUCUAAAAUCCCUGUUAAUCUACCCAAAUCCUUGCUAUCAUUAAAGAUGGAGAGAAACCAACUCAAAGAGUUUAGAUUUCAAGAUGUGAAACACUUAGAGAAUCUUUCCCAUCUUUACCUGUCAGAGAACUUCCUCUCUUCCAUUGAUGGGGCACAACUUCUUGUCAAUUUAACUACUCUUGAGGUAUCCCAAAAUCAUCUUCAAAUGUUGCCCCACAAACUACCAGCAAGGCUGCAAAAACUUGACUGUAGCAAUAAUCUUAUUCAGAGAGUUACAGCACAAGACUUCCAGGACCUUAGAGAUUUGAAACAUCUGUUUCUGGACAACAACAUUGUCAGCUUAUUCGAAGCUGGAGCCCUUCAGAGGUGUUCUCAGCUGUCCAACCUGGCCCUGGAGCAGAAUCUGCUAUUGUCGAUACCUUUAAGGCUCCCCAAGACCUUAGCCAGGCUGGACCUAAAGGGCAAUGCCAUUCAGGAUAUUGCUGAGAGGGAGCUCAAAGAUCUCAAGCAGCUUCAAGUUCUAAACUUGAGAAACAACAAGAUCUCUGCUUUAGACCUCAAAGCCUUGGAGGGCCUGCCUCGCCUCAGGCACCUGUACCUGGAUGGAAAUCCAUGGAAUUGCACCUGCAGUCUCCUGAGAGCCAGGGAGAUCUUUAAGGCCAAGGGUACAGAUGUGAGGGGAGGACAAUGCGCAGCCCCAGCUGAACGACAAGGGGAGAGCUGGAUGUCUUCCAGGAAGAUCAUGAGGCAGUGUGAGCAUCACUUACACCAGACAGAGAAAAGCAAAGAGGCCAAAAAGAAAUCAAAACCUGAAGACUUCUCCAGCAAAAUCAGCAUGGAUGAUGAUGAUUAUGAUUAUGAAAUAGAUUAA